AUGAACCGGUUUGGAAACGGCGGGAGGAGUGUUAAGAGCCCCGCUAAAACGCGUAAGGAAAAGGAGAGGGACUCCCCGGUGCUGCUGCUGCGGGGCCGUGGGCUGCUCUUCGAGGAAGGGAGGACUUGGCGGGGGGUUAAAGUGCAGUUCUGGCAUAAAGCAUGUUUCCACUGCGAGACCUGCAAGAUGACCCUAAACAUGAAAAACUACAAGGGCUACGAGAAGAAGCCGUAUUGCAAUGCACACUACCCGAAGCAAUCCUUCACCAUGGUGGCAGAUACCCCCGAGAACCUGCGCCUCAAGCAGCAGAGCGAGCUCCAGAGCCAGAUUCGCUACAAGGAGGAGUUUGAGAAGAACAAGGGAAAAGGCUUCAGCGUGGUGGCCGACACCCCGGAGCUGCAGAGGAUCAAAAAGACUCAGGAUCAGAUCAGCAAUAUAAAAUAUCAUGAAGAGUUUGAGAGGAGCCGGAUGGGCCCAAGUCCCGCCGAGGGCGCCGAGCCGGAGCGCAGGAACUCCCAGGAAAGCUCCAACUACCGGAGACCGGCAGAGCAGAACCAGCCGCCUCAUCACGUGCAGCCCAGCAACCCAGGUAGCGGCUGGACGUUCCCGGCCGCGUUGGAGGGCUACAAGGAGCCGGCGGCGCCGGCCUCCACGCAGCGCAGCGCCGCGGCCGCAGGAGGGAAGCGGUUCCGCGCCGUCUACGACUACAACGCGGCCGACGAAGACGAGGUCUCCUUCCAGGACGGCGACACCAUCAUCAACGUGCAGCAGAUCGACGACGGCUGGAUGUACGGCACGGUGGAGCGCACGGGGGACACGGGAAUGCUCCCCGCCAACUACGUGGAGGCCAUCUGAGCCGCGGGAGGGC